AUGUCUGCAUACCGCAGCCCAAACCCCACAAACUUCCGCAGCGCUCGCAUGAGCAGAGGCUUGCCCUUCGUGCCAACCUACUCCUACAAUGAGUACGAGACGUCGAUGGAAACCGCAUCGUUGCUUCCAAUGGAAGUCGAAACCUCCAAGUCCAUCCAUGCUCACUUCGUGGAGUCGAUCGCGUCCUACGGUGAACAUUGGACACCCCCAGCAUGCUAUCAAAGCUUCGGUUUCCCGUCCCCCGAACCCUAUCUGAACCAAACCAUCGCUGCCGCCGACAUCCAGAUGGUCGAUCGCAACGAUGUCGACAACAAGUCAGAGCUUGACUUAGUGGAGAUGGAGCAGGAACGUCUGUUGCGCCAGAGGGCCGCCGCCUCUUUCACGCGCGCCCAACGUCAUCUCACCGAAAAAGGUCGCUCUCCCAAGGCCCCGUCCGUCUCUUCAAAGAAACAUUACCCAUCCCCAACCCUUCGACGCGUCUCUGAAGCGCGCCAAUCGCGCGCCUCUCCUUCUCGUGCUACGUCCCGCCCUCGCUCUGCUUCCACGGUCGCAGGGCAGGAGGACACGCAGAUGAAGGAGAUCAUCACUCAGAUGGAGAACGCUUCACUCUCGGACAACACCGUCCAUUAUCCCGACUCUUCUUCCUCCGACACCGACGUCUCCGACGACUACGAGGAGAGCGACGACGACGACGAUGUCGUGCUCGCUACUCAGUCCACGCCUACCUUCUCCCCUCUCCUCAAGCCGGCGACCUGGUCAACCCGUGAGAUGUCGGAGGGUGCGAUCUAUCGGCUGACGAACUCAUUGGAGAAGAUGUCGGUCAGGGCGGAGGGGAGGGCGUCCAGGAGGGCAAGGCCUUAUUAG